UGGAGAUUUGGGUGGUAAUAGUCCUUCUAAUCCAACCGAAACACAAUGCUGUUCGUCGUGUUGUUGUCGCUUUACUGUUCAUGAUAAUGAUACUGGCUGCUUUUAUACUUAUGAUACUUGUAUUAGUAGUGGUGCUACUAUUGGUGAUGCUCGUUGUUAUUGUCUUACUUAUCUUCGUGGUGAUUGUGUUAAUGAUUGUCGCGUUGCUUGUUCUUGUGGUAAUCGUAUUGCUUGUCCUACUGACCCUCGUAUUACUUGUUGUGACACUCCUGCUACUAAUCGUUGUGCUCCUCGUACUGCUAAUCGUCCUGCUGGUAAUGGUCGUCCUGGACUUAUUGUACAAACACAAAUUCAACAUGAUAAUCGAGCAUUCCCAUUAACCAUGAUCAAUAUCAAUGAACAUAAUCCAGCAAUUAGUUUUCUCCGUUGA